ACAAAAUCCGGUACACCGCCCCCACCAACAACCGGAAAGAGCUAUACUGACAUGGUUUUAUCAGCAAACAAAGUCACGGAAAGGUUUGAUUCCACCAUGGUGAAACUGUCUCAAGACAAGCAAGCAACAAUUUACAACCGACUUGAAGUUGGAAUAAACGACCUGCGGAAUUUUCUUAUAUAUUAUUUAAGAACCAAGAAGGAUAAGACGAAAAAGGAGCCCAAAUCAACAAUUCUUAAGAAGUCUAUGGACUUUUUGAGGAUUGCGCAAAUGGACGUCGAGCGUCUAAAGAAUAUGGAUGGUGUGCAAGACCGUGUUGCGGAAAAUAUGAAGAAACUUCAAACCUACGUACAACAAACGAUUCAUGAUUUGCAAAAUCCGGCCAAUUGCACCGCGGCUCCGAAGCUCCGUUGUCCUCUCAGGAACAAGUACGGAUUGGCAUCGGGUGUCCACAUCCUGCUCUGGUGCUUGCUGGAAGCGUUGCGCAAGGGAAGGACGCUGGUGGUAGACACCUCCAAGUGGCACUACGCCCCCAAAAACAAGUGGGUCAAGACGUUCCUCCCUAUCCUGGGCCCAUCUUGUGCGGACGCCGACACGAGGAGCACAAAAAAGAACCCAAUCCCAGCAGCGGGUAGGGUUAGGAGGGACAUCGUUGAGAUUCCAUCCGCCAUCGCUGAGCCCCUGGUGGCUAAUCACGGAAGCCCCUACGCCUGGUGGUACGGACAGCUCAUGAGAUACAUACUCAGGCUCCAAGCCACCACAUUGAAAAGAAUCUCGGACUUCAAGAUGUCCAGGGGGUACAAGCACCCUAUCGUCGGAGUGCAUAUCAGGAGGAAGGACAAGAUAUACGUGGAAGCAGCCCGUCACGACGUCCAAGAGUACAUGGUCCACGUGGAAGAUUACUACGCCAAGCUUUCCCUUACAACACACGUCGAAACGAAGAGGGUGUUUGUGGCGACGGACGAACCCAGUGUCGUCGACGAGAUCCGGAAAAAAUAUCCUCAGUACAAAGUGAUCAACAACGAGGUGGCUUCCCUCCAGGCAAGUACCAGGAACACCAGUCGAAACAACUCCGCGCUCUUCGGUGUAAUGCUCGACAUCACUCUGCUGGCCGAGUCAGACUUUGUAGUCUGCACAUUGUCCUCUGGGUUUUGCCGGGUAGCCUACGAGCUGAUGCAAACCCGACAUCCCGAUGCCUCGCUGAGGGUGACUUCUCUGGACGUGGAGUACUUCUACGCAUACAACUCCUUCCCACCGAUGAAGGCGCUCUACGGCAACCGACCGGCGUCAGCGAGAGAACUUGGCUGGCCAGGGGCCGGCGUGCUGAUUAAGAGACCCGGGGCCGGCUGGGCGAUCGCGACGGCGUUGUUCAAGAGGUACAACGACGGCUUCAACCCAGGUCGCCUAUUGAGCGCCUCCAAGAGAAGCAAAUCCAAACAGUAUCCGAGGUUCAAAACCACGCAGACGUACUUUGUUACAAAUUUCAAGGCUUUUACCGCGCCCUUACGUUAA